AUGUCCUUCGUAGCGCUCUGCGUCAGCCUCCGUCCGUCAGCCCGCGCGUCAGCUCCGCCGCCGUCAGCUCCCGCCGCACUUUGCCGAUGCAGCUCCGCCGUCAGCUCCGCCGUCAGCUCCGCCGUCCAGCUCCGCCGUCAGCUCCGCCGUCAGCUCCGCCGUCAUCUCCGCCGUCAGCUCCGCCGUCAGCUCCGCGUCAGCUCCGCCGUUCGCUCCGCGUCAGCUCCGCCGUCAUCGGUGCCUCGCCAGCUUCCGGUCAGUCGCCGUCAGCUCCGCCGUCCAGCUCGCGUCAGUCGCCCAGCUGCUCGCCGCUCAGCUCCGCCGCACUGUCAGUCGCCCGUCUCAGUGCCGAGCUCCGCCGUCAGCUUCCGCCGUUCAGCUCCGCCGCGUCCCAGCUCCGCCAGUCGCGAGCUCCGCCCCGUCAGCUUACGCCGUUCAGCUCCGCCGUCAGGGCCCGCCGUCAGCUCCGCCGUCAGACUCCGACCCAGCCCGCGUUCAGCUUCCGCCGUCAGCUCCGCCGUCAGCUCCGCCGAUCAGCUCCGCGUCCUCGCGUCAGCUCCGCCGUCAAGCUCCGCCUCAGCUCUAGCUCCGCGUCAGCUCCGGCAGCUCCGCUCAGCUCCGCCGUCAGCUCCCGCAGCUGGUCAGCUCCGCCGUCAGCUCCGCUCGUCCAGCUCCGCCGUCAGCUCGCGUCAGCCUCAGCUCGCCCGUCAGCUCCCGCCGUCAGCCUCCGCGUCAGCCCGCCGUCAGCUCCGCCGGUCAGCUCCGCCGCAGCUCCGCGUCAAGCUCCAGCCGUCAGCUCCACGCCGUCAGUCCCGUAGCUCCGCCGUCAGCUCCGCCGUCAGCUCCGCCGUAGCUCCGCCGUCAGCUCCGCCGUCAGCUCCGCGUCAGCUUCCGCCGUCACUCGCCGUUCAGCUCCGCGUCAGCUCGCCGUCAGCUCGCCGUCAGCUCCGCGUCAGCUCCGCCGUCAGCUCCGCGCGUCAGCUCGCGUCAGCUCCGCGGACAAUCGUGUUACUGCAGCGAAUCCGUUUCCCCCGCAAAUUCUAUGUGGAUCGGCGGAGAUUUGAAGUCUGGUAUCCAAAGGGGAAAGCCAGUGGGCUCACCACGGCUCACCCAGGGACCUCACCCCGAAUCAGCCUCGAUGCUGCUAUUUUCCCGUGUGAUUUUCUCGUCCGAGGCCUCUCUGGAGUGGGACUAGCCGCCGGCACAGCUGUGCAGACGUCCAUCGCAUCGCAUCGCAUCGCAUCGCAUCGCAUCGCAUCGCAUCGGCGCCCGCGCGGCGUCGGGAAGGCAGUUGCGGCGGAUUGGACGUGGACGAGUCCCUUAAUUAUUGUUCGUAAUAUGGUUACUUUAUAA